AUGGGUUCCUCUGAGGAAAUGGGUACCUCUGGGAAUAUGGGUUCCUUUGAUGAUGCAAGAGUGGAUGAUGGGAUUCGCAUGAAGAUUGCAGUCUCACUCGUGUCAAAGAAUCAUAAUAUGAUCAGUUAUAAGGUCAAAAGAAAUGCCAUUGAAAAUCUUAAUAAGCUGCUUUGGACUCCCAUAGAUGGUGAAUUUGAUGACUACAUCAUUAAUCCAAAACCUAGUGGCUAUCAGUCCUUGCACACUGCAGUACAAGGUCCUGAUAACUCAUCCCUUGAAGUACAAAUAAGAACACAGAGGAUGCAUGAGUAUGCUAAACAUGGAAAUGCUGCACAUUGGCUGUAUAAGGAAACUGGAAAUCCUUUGUCAUCAAUAGACAUCAUGGAUGAACCUGAAACAGAAGAAUCCUAUUUCUCCAAGGAUAUAGAAGAUGGGAAUUCUUCGGAUAUUUUGUUAAAUGUUAAAAAGGAUGAAAGAGAAUUGUUAGUUGCUGUCAGCUUUGGGCUUGCAGCUUCUGAAGCAGUAGCUGACAGAAGAUCUUCUUUCCAGAUUAAGCGAUGGGAAGCUUAUGCACAACAAAUUGAUGAGAAAGAGGAGGCCCGUGAUGAAGAUGAUGAUGGUGAUGAUGAUGUUCAGUGGCAAACGGAUACAUCUAUUGAUGCUGCUCGUCAACGUAUCCAAGAACAGUUAAGUGCUGUGACUGCUGAUAUGGUCAUGCUCUCGACAAAUGAACCAGAGAAGAAGAAGAAGACAGAAAGCAAGGGUUCUGAGAAUGGUGACACUGUGAACUAUGCAACUGUGGUCAGGAAAGUGAAAGCAUAUUUGAAAAAAGGUGUUGCAGCGAAGGAAUUGCAGUCACAUAUUGCUGCAUUUCCUGUAUCUGCUCAGGAGAAGAUGAAUGCACUUCUUGAAGGAUUAUUUGAUGGUGUCGAAAAAGCGUUUGGAAAAGAAGCUACCAAGAGGAAGAAUCACCUUGCUGCUGCAGUUCCUGGAGAUGACGAGGGUUUGCAGCUGUUAUUGCUCAAUGCUGUUGAGGAGUUCUGUUACAAGAAAGGUAGCAAUGCAUUGAAUGAGGUUGCACUUAUUCUGAAAGCCCUAUAUGAUGUUGAUUUGGUGGAGGAAGAGCACGUCGUGCAUUGGUAUUCAAAGGGACUGAAGGGUGAUAAGAAGGACUCUCAGAUAUGGAAGAAUGCUCAACCAUUCAUUGAUUGGCUUCGGAAUGCUGAAUCAGAAUCGGAGGAAGAUGAGAAAAGUUUGUGCUCAGUUCAGAAUAUUGAAGAUUAUGAUAUCACGUUUACUUACUGUUAUUGUCCUCAGUUUGAUGUAUUUUCUUUACUGUUGUAUCCUUUUAUUUUGAAUAAAGGGUCUUGUUUUGGCCCCUUGUGUAGUUGA